AUGGCCCAGAGCUGGCGCCUUGUCGCCAUUCCUCUUCGCCAGUCGCGGUGGAAACGGUGGCUUGCCAUCGGGAGAGGGGGUGUGGAGUUUGGCGACGGCCAUGGCAAGGGCGUCUCGUGGCAUUGGCCAGUGCUAAAGACGCCGAGCCUUGCUGAUCCUGAGCUUGGCAGCGUAUUCUAA